AUGAGUGGUGGUGAAUGUGCGGGUGGCGGUAGUCAUCAUGGUCACGGAUGCUGCAAGGGGAAUAAUGCUUGUCAAAGGCCCGGAUCACCACACGAUGAGCAGGUGGAUAUGGUUGGGGCGGAUUUACUGCCGGCGGCAGGCGGCAAACCAACAUCUGCAGAUCUUACCCACGACAGUGGAAAGCCACCAACAGUUCACGGAGGUGGUCCACUGGUCACUGGCACAGGACUGAAUCAGAUUGCAUCCGGUGGCGGUGCACCGAAUCAAAAACCGGUUGGUUCUGGCACUAAUCUGGCGCCAGGAGCAUCAGGUGGUGCUGGAGGUGCUGGCACUCAGCCCGUGGGCAGCGGUGUAGGUAAACCUGGUGCUGGAGGAAGUGGGUCACCUACCGGCAGUGGACCUAGCCAAGGUGCUGGUGGAUUUGGCUCUCAACCUGGUGUUGGAGGAUCUGGCACGCAACCAACGGUUAGCGGUGUAGGUAAACCAGGAGAUCAGAAACUUCCUGGAUCUGGCUCUAGUUCCGGUGUUGGAGGCCAAAGUGCUGGUGGACCUGGUUCUCAAGCUGGUGUUGCGGGUACUGGCACGCAACCAACGGUUAGCGGUGUAG